GGAACAAGCUUCGAUGGAGAUCAAGCGAGAUCAGAAUAAAGCUUUGAUAGGUGCGUCUUCAAGUUCUAGUAGUACUAGUAGAGGGAACUAUCAAGCCAAUCCUGAGGACUACAUGUUUAUUGAAACAGCAGGAUCAGGAUCCGCAGGUAGAAGAAAUACAGCUGCAACAAAUUCAUCAUCUUCAUCUGGUACUUUUACCAGAGCUCCUCCUCCUGCUGUCUCUUCAUCUUCCACCUCUAGUUCCACUUGUAGACCACUCUUCAAAGCACAACUGAAUGCUAUUGCGAAUGCUUUCGGCGCGGAGGAAGGGACUAUACAUGCUAGUGUACAAAUAACAACACAGCAAUCUUCGCUAACGGCGGUGAAAAAGCGUAUUACCUGGAACCCAGAAGAAGAAGCAUUGAGUCCUGAACCACACAAGGAGAAAGUCGUGAUUCCUGCGCAAAAGACUGUCUUCAGAGGAACACCUCAGAUCGAAGAUGGACAAGCUGAAGACGAAAUUAGUAUCCUGUUAUGGCUAUAGCUAAUUCAUCUUUGACUGCAUCCUUGAAACGAAUGGGGGAGUAUCGCAGGGGAGUACUCUGCCACACUUAUCCAGGAUGCAGCUGAAAGAUGAACAUCGGAGAGCUCUAUCCCGGUGUAAGGAGGCUCCAACAUCAUCGUCAUCGCCUGAUCAUCAUCAUCACCAUCAUCGUGAUCCACUUCAAUUGCUACCACCAGAAUCUUCACAAGCAGUAGUAGAGUCCUCUUCUUCCUCGCUAAUAUCCACCAGUGUUGCAGACAUAUUAUUAAGGCUCAGCUUUCAAUCAAUGGUCACCAUUGAGAUUGGGGUCACUGAGAUCCCUCUUGAGAGAACAGGGGAAAAUGAAGGAAAAGCAAAGGGAGAGGCAUGGGGCCCAUUUCUUUCAGAGUCAGUGACCAUUGAGUGCUGAGCUUUAAUAUUACAGCAGCAAUGUCCCCUCUGCUUCGAUGAAUAUCCCAAGGGGGAGAUGAUUUCUCUCGACGAGGAAGGCAACAACAAUUGUCCCUACCGCUUCUGCUCCGACUGUUUUGUUGCUUUGCUGUCCUCCAAAAUUACAGAUGGAUUUUAAGGCUACCCCUAAUCCAUCUCUAUAGGAAUCAAUCUCUCAUCUCUAUAGGAAUCCCCAUACAAGGGACCCAUACUGUGGCAUAUUGUUGAGGGAUUGCCACAGGGAUGAAUUAGCGAGAGCUCUAAGGAUUAGUGCAAGACGAUGAGCUCCUGUGCCCGAUGCCUAAUUGCUGUAAAUCGCCUAUAAGCACGACUCUUAUAGAACAGGAACUGCGGUUGAAGAGCCGCGAAAGCGUGGAAGAGACCGAACGCAACCAACUCUUGUGGGACAAGUUUUUGUCUUUUCUUAUGCGAUUUUUUUAGGAUUCUAAUAUAUUUCAAAGUGAAAAAAUCAAUCACCACCAUCAGACAAGUUCAAGUUUUUGUCUCUCCUUAUGUUGCGAGGUGGUCUGUUUGUUAUACUACAGUUGUGAAGAUUCUGCAUCAAGGUUUUGUCUUUGUCUUUCCUUAUGCGAGGUGCUUUCCUUAUGCGAGGUCCGAUAGGUGUAGAUUUGUGGCCGAAUGUGCGGCCUUAUGCGCCCCCAGUAUGUAACUUGUAUGAUCAUACUAGUGGAGCGAGGUAUUUAAUUGUUUGAAAGGGUGGUGGCAUAUGGUCCUAACGCAAAAAAAAACUCUUUGGAUGCGAAUGACCAUAACAGAAACAGGGUCACACACAUGACAUAUUUAUUCUUUUUUGAUGACAUCUCUCUCAGAUAUUGAUUUCAGCUUGUUUCUGGUUAUCAGUUUCCUUCCCUCUGUAGCUGCAGCAUUCUUUCCCCCGACUAAUCUCUCUAAUCCACGUCUCAAAUUGUUCCGCCCCAAGACGGGUAAGAUCGCGCGUUGUCGUGUGUGUGAUCUACAGGUCAUCGUCGAUAUGGAGGAAGCGGCGAUGAAGUGCGCGUCUUGUGGUACUGAGUCCUGCCCUUCCUGUGGAGAAGAGCCGCAUCCUCAAUUCCCAUCCUGCGAAGCCUUUCGACGCUGGCGCGAAGCAAAUUCGGAGGGAGACAAAAGAUUGGAGGAUUUGUUGACUUAUGACUAUGGAAAUUAUUAGUUAGUUUGCAAUAGUGGAAGUGGUUCUGGUUGUAGAACCACACGAUUGAGAUUUGAGAAUUGAUGCAGACGUAGAGCGAAAAAGCUUUCUUCUCCCCAUAUAGUGUCAAUAUCAUGCUCCUAUAAAAAACUUCUCCUCGGCUAAUCAAACCAAGAAAACUGGUGUCGCUGUCCUGUCUGUGGAGUGCCUGUGGAGCGUGAGGCCGGCUGCAAUUUCAUGCAGUGUCCUAGUCCUGUGUGUCGUAACAAAACUUAUUUUUGCUACGUUUGUGGUCAAAAAGUGGAGAAGGAAAACCACUACGCGCAUUACCAGAAGCUAAGGUGGAAUGCAUUGGUUGUUUCUACUUCUGUCUAGGAGAUCAAGAUCAAGAUUCGACCUGAAAAGGUUUGCCACUCGCUCAGAAUAUACUGAAUAUUAAACUGAACACAAGCGGUAGUUCUUCUAACAGUCGGCCCUUACGAAGACUAUUGUAUCGUCCGUCCAGAAGGCGUCAAAGGCAAGAAGGCGGUCUAUGUGCCAGCCAGCGAACAAGACUUGAACGCCCAUCAUGCUGCUCAACAACAGAACAACUACGGCAAUCAGGGUGACCAGCAACAAGAACGGGGAGACGGAGACCAGCAACAAGCUGCUCUAGUUCCCAACUUUUUUGGUCGUUGGUUCGGACGUCGUGAGAAGGAUGACGAGAUGAUUGUGGAUGCUGGGAAUGUGAGGGUAGCUGCUGGAGGUGGUGGCCCCGUCAAUAAUGGAAGAAAUGCUGGUAGAGUUAAGCUUAAGAGUUGAAACAUUUCAUUUUUAUCUAUCAUAUUAAGCCUUCGCUCUUUACUUGACGAGAUGGCCACUAAAAAAUGAAUUGCUUCAACCUUUAAUAGAGUCGUGGAUCAGCGUAGACAAGCUCACCAAGAACAGGAUCCAGGCUGGCUAGAUUGGUUACAGGCAGAAGGUGAUAAGCUCACGGGACAGGGAUAUCGCGGAUAUGAUUUUUGAAACUGACAGUACAGAAAUGUCUGUUCUGCGAAAUCAAAGACGUUUGAAGAUCACCUUCCCUGAGGUGAGACGUAGCAGCAAGCACAACAAGAUUGCUUGGAAAAUUGUGUGUGUUCUGUCAGAUGAUACUAAUAAAAAUAUAAUAUUGUCUUUCUCCAAGAAAAUUAUUUACGUUUUGAAAAUCCAAUCUGACUCGUGGUCACAUGCGAAAACAUCUGGGAUGUGGUCUUUGUCGUCUGUGC